UGACGUCCGGCUGACCUGUACCGUAGCCCGUAGGCUGUACGGCAGUUGUGAGUCUUGUAACACUUGCUAUUCUUGACAGAGCCUGAAGCUUGCUAAAGCAUGACACAGCUCGACUUACAUGUACCUGCGAGGGCGAUAAGCCCGUCGCAGCACCUACAACCUGAGGCUCCAUAUGAAACUUAUUCAAUACCGCCAGCACUUCAAGUAGAAGAACGUUUCUUCAAGUGCCCAGUCUCUCAUGACAACCCAAAUGGUCCACAUUUGGACGUCUUUGUGCGCAUAUGUCGCAGUCUUGCUCGAUCACACACCUCCGCUACAACUACGCAACCCAAACAAGAGUCUCCAUAUAUACUCUUUCUGCAGGGUGGACCAGGCUUUGAAUGCUCUUCUUCCACGCCAGCCUACGCAGGCGUUCUCAAAGUGCUCAUUGACCGCGGCUAUACAGUGCUUUAUCUUGAUCAGCGGGGCACAGGAUUGUCAACGUGCUUGACAGCUGAGCUCCUUGCCAAGCAGGGCUCGCUGGCGCACCAGGUCGAAUUUUGCAAGCACUUUAGAGCAGACUCAAUUGUCAAAGAUUGCGAGCUCAUUCGAAAGCACCUGACGAGUGAUCGUCAAGAGAAGCGCUGGACCCUGCUAGGUCAGAGUUUUGGCGGCUUUUGCGAGCUCACCUACCUAUCAUUCUUUCCCGAGGCGCUUCAAGCUGUCAUCAAUACUGGCGGUAUGGCACCUGUACUCGACGUCGCGCCAAUGCCUGUAUACGAGCGCAUCAUCAAUAAAAUCAAGCAAGCCAAUGAAGAGUACUAUGCAAAGUUCCCUCAGGAUGUUGUGCGUGUCCGGCAUAUUCACCAAUUUCUAGUCCGUCAUGCUCCAAAGACACCUAAUGGAGGAACGUUGACUUGUAAUCGCUUCCGACAACUCGGCCUUGACCUGGGCAUGCACGGAGGCUACAACCGGCUGCACAACCUUGUGUUUCGCGCACACACCGACAUCGUCCAAUCUGGUAUGCUCGGGUACAGAACACUCGAAAUGAUUGAAGCGGCUGCAUCAUACGACUCUGUGCCGAUUUACAGCGUGUUGCACGAAAGCAUCUACUGUCAAGAACCAGGAGCCACUGACUGGGCAGCAGCGAAAGUAUUCCAGGCACAGCUCAGCAGACUUGAUCACUAUUUCAUUGGUGAAAUCAUCUUGCCUACAAUGUUUGACGACUACGCUGGAUUGCGGCCAUUCAAGGACGUUGCAUUUGAACUUGCCAAGAGGCAGGACUGGACUCCACUGUACAACCUCGAGCAGCUGCAAAAGAACCGUGUUCCCAUCGUGACUGCCAUUUAUAUCGACGACAUGUUUGUGCACUUGGAUGCGGGGCUUGCAACCGCAAAACACAUUGGCAACUGCAAAGAGCUCAUCACGAAUAGAUGGCUGCAUAAUGCGCUGAGACACGAGCCACAUGAACUGCUUGGCUACCUUUUUGGACUUUUGCAGGAAUUUUAAGGCUUUACUGCUCUGCAGUCUGACCUUCGCGCUCCAUACGCCGUUGUUCUACGCUCCCUGUUUCUGUUAGUUGCAUUUGAGAAGCAGGCCAACUCACAAUUAUAUAUUCUGGCUGUAUUCACCUCCAUGGUGGUAAUCUGUUCUCGAAUGAACUCAAGGUUCUCUUCUGUCGUCUUGAGAGAAGCCUCGGCAGUAUUAAGCCUUUCCGAGAGCAUCUCUUGUGCCUCUGGUAUCGGGUACUCGACCAUGACAUUAGCCUGAUUUUGUUAGCAUUUGCGAUAGACAUUCAAUUGACAAACUCC